GAAGAAGAGAAGUUGAAAGAAGUGGAAGAGGAGGAGGAAGAUGAAACACCAUUGCAGAGGAAGAGGGUGCAGUACAGUGGUAGUAGGGAUGAAGAGAUGGAGAAGCGAAUCUCCAAGUGGGUAGCCAACUUGUCCCUGGGCGAAGAAGAAGAGGUGGCGAUGUACAUCUCCAAGGAUGACCAAGAAGCCGCUAUGAGGGUCUGGGAAGCAGAAAAGGAUGUUGUGAAGCAGCAGGCAUUGGAAGACGAAAAGAGGAUGGAAUGGAAGUUGGCAGUGACGAGGGAGAAGAAGAGGAGAGUGGACGCGGCAGUGGAGGCGGCAGUGGAGGCGGCAGAAGAAUUAGAGGAAGUAAAUAAUAUAGAAGAGCAACUGGCCGCCCAGACCGAACUCCCAGCUCAAAUGCGAGUCAUAGCCCGAAACGUUGCACGCCUGAUACAAAUUCAGGCGGAGCAAUAUGAUUUUAGUAGGAGUCAACACAUAGCUGUGCGUUCCAUAAAGUUGGGGUUUCGGGACUUUGCGCGUGAGCUGGUAGGCGCUAUAGGGACCGAGGUGGGCCACCGCCUCGACAAGACUGAGCGGUUCUGUGCCAACGCCAUUGAGGGCGUCAAAGCGGCAGCUCCCAAGGAGGAGGAAGCACGUCCUCCUCGUCGGAAACCGGUCAAAGUUAAAUUCCCUGAUUCCUACAGUGGAAAAAGGGAAGAGAACUUCGACAAUUGGGAGGCCAAUGUCAAGACCUAUGUGCAUCUGCAACAGGUCUCCCCGGAUCAGCAGGUUCUGAUUGCGAUUCACGCGCUCAGAGAUGAAGCCGCCAACUUUGCAAGGUCCCUAGUUCGCGCUGCCAAUUGCAGCGAUGAUCCCGUUGCGUACUCCUCGUUCACUUCCCUCACUGAGUUCUUGAAGUUGUUGCGCGAGAGGUUCGCUGAUGUCGCCCGUAGCGUUAAAGCCUCAGAAAGGCUGCAGACGAUCCACGCUCGUAAGUGGAAGAGCGCCAGGGCACUUAAGAGUACAAUGGACGAACUGGUAGUUGUCCCUGACCACGGGGUUACAGACACCCAGUUGGUUGGCCUCUUUUAUCGGGCUAUACCCGAASCCCUYYRAGGGCAUUUCUUCGCAAAGAGCGAAGACCCUGCCACUACAUACGAUUCCCUUAGUCGCGAAGUAGUGGCUUUUGAAGCCAAGUCUGCGUCUGUGUCCACUUUCUGGCACAAGGACUUGGACAAGGGUAAGCAAUGGAAGGGCCGCACUAUCUCAGGGCAAGUAAAGACCAAGGAUAGCCUUGCCCUGACCUUAGAUGAGGGUAGUGUGGAUGAGAUCCCCUACGAUCAGAUUGAGUGGGGGUUAGAGGAGGAGGACAACGGUGUGGGCCAGGGGAGAUCUUACGCUGCUGUCGCGGCUGGAGGGAGGCCACAAGGAGGAAGAGGCCAGGGCCAAGGGGGUCGGGCCUCAGGGAGCCGAUUUCAGGGCGAUCAGGGGGUUGGCAGCAGAGGAGGAAACCGCCAAGUGGGAGGCAGGGGUCAAGGUCCCCCGCAAAACCGUCCUAGGAAUAGGUCUCCCUCUAGGGUAGGAGGAUGGCACCCAGGGCUACCGCAGGGCCGGUGUCUAGACAGCUGUUCCGAAACUGCUUGUGUUAGAGUUUCGCUAGACACCUCCCUCACAGGCGUGGCCGAAGAAUUGAAGGAGAGGAUGCCCGACUGGGCCAAGAUGAAGAAGAAGAAUAAAGGGCAGCUUAUAUUGUUAGAUACAGAGGUUUUUAGAAGUAGAGUAGGGGCCCUAGUAGAUUCAGGGGCCACCUGCAGCUAUAUUAGUAGGAAAGCGCUGCAGAAGUUGAAGCUGGGACUUAAAGUCCAAAAGCUAGCAGACCCCAUAGUUAGUAUCCUCGCAGACAAUCGUACUAUGGUUGUAGAGGACUACGUAGAGGGAGUCCAGGCGUAUUUUCGCCUAGAGAAGAAUGGGAAAGUGAAGAAGGUCCUCCACUCCCUAACUCUCCUCGUAGAAGACAGCCUCCCAUUCGAUAUUGUCCUGGGAAUGGAUUGGGGAGAGGCAGCCGGGGCCACGCUCCAUUUGAAGGAGCAUGAGUGUAGGCUCCCUAGUUCGUCAGGCGAGGCCAAGACUGCCCGCCUGUUCCAUGUGUCAGGAGUAGAGAAUUCCUUGGCGCACUGCUGCCUUAGUGCCCCCGAGUUCACCAGACUGGUGAAGAAGGAGGGAUUGGAGGAACAGGUCUUUGUUGCCUAUGUUAGGCCAGUGACUGAGCCUACGGAGGAGAAGCCGAUGGACCCCGCGAUUACCAAGCUGCUGGAAGAGUUCAAGGAUUUGACUGAGCCGCCGACAGGCACUGUGCCGCGGCCCAUCCAACACCGUAUUGAGAUAGAGCCUGGCAGUAGAACUCCUAAGGGUGCUGUAUAUAGGAUGUCCCCGCGGGAGUUAGAGGAGCUUCGCAAGCAAUUGGACGAGCUCCUCGAGAAGGGUUGGAUUAGGCCCAGUUCGUCUCCUUUCGGAGCGCCUGUCCUCUUUGUUCCUAAGAAAGAGGGAGAGUUGAGAAUGUGUAUAGACUAUAGGGGUCUGAAUGCGAUUACAGUGAAGAAGGUUGAGCCACUGCCUAGGAUAGACGAUCUUUUAGAUCGAGUGCAGGGCUAUAAGACAACUUUCCGGACUAGGUACAUGCAUUAUGAGUUCAUAGUAAUGCCGUUCGGACUAACCAAUGCUCCAACUACGUUCCAGCGCUAUAUGAACGAUUUGUUCAGGCCGUGGUUAGAUAGAUUUGUUGUAGUUUAUCUAGAUGACAUCCUAGUGUUUAGCCGGACCCCUGAAGAGCAUCAGGGUCAUCUCAGGCAAGUCUUGGAGAAGCUGAGAGAAGCUAACUUCAAGAUCAAUGCAAAGAAGUGCGAUUGGGCGAAGACCCAAGUUUUGUAUAUAGGCCACGUCUUAGACGGAGACGACGUUAAGCCAGAAGAUAGCAAGAUCGCAGCGAUUAGAGAUUGGCCCACGCCACGUACGCUGACAGAGUUGCGCUCGUUCCUGGGCUUAGCGAAUUACUACAAGAAGUUCGUGAGGAAGUUCUCCACCAUCGCUGCGCCCCUUCGCAGAUUGCUAAGAAAAGAGACAACCUGGAAGUGGGACAAGGACUGCACGCCUGCCAUGAAGAAGAUAAAGCAGGCGUUGAUAGAGUAUCCGGUCCUUAAGGUCGCCGAUCCGUCCUUGCCUUUUGUCGUUACUACGGAUGCUAGCCAAUACGGCAUAGGCGCAGUGUUACAGCCAGACGAUGGCAAUGGCUAUAGACCCGUAGAGUUCAUGUCCGCUAGGAUGCCUUCAGAGAAGGUUGCGACAUCUACCUAUGAGAGGGAACUCUACGCUCUCAGGCAAGCAUUAGACCACUGGAAGCACUACUUGCUUAGGAGGCACUUCAAAGUUUAUUCGGACCAUGAAACGUUACGAUGGUUAAAGACCCAGGCCAAGAUGACACCUAAGCUUACUAGGUGGGCCGCAGAGAUAGAUCAGUACGACUUCGAGCUCAAGCCUGUCAAAGGGAAGUACAACGUAGUCGCGGAUGCUCUGAGUAGGAGAGCAGAUUACUUUGGGGCAAUAGUAMAUUACCUCGAUAUAGGAAAGGAUCURCAGCARAAGGUUAGAGAAGCCUACGCGCAGGACCCUAUCUAUAGUGAGCUCCUCACUCGAGUCAAGGAGGCCCCAGAGACCGAGCCGAACUACCGCACUACUGGAGGGUUACUCUUCGAGAAGACUAAUGUCUUUGACCGGUUGUGCAUUCCCAAUAGCGAAGAGAUCUGUAGUCUGAUUCAGGGGGAAUGUCACGACACAGAGGGUCAUUUCGGUUGGCAAAAGACUUUGGCCAAUCUGAUGCGCGCAUAUACCUGGCCAGGGAUGAAGAAUKACUGCGUAGAGUAUGUUCGCAGUUGCAAAGUCUGCCAGCGUAAUAAGAGUUCUACGCGCGCCCCACUAGGUCUUCUCAGACCCUUGCCCAUUCCGGAUCAGCCGGGAGACUUAGUGUCAAUAGAUUUCAUGGACACUCAAGUCAAGAGCAGGCAUGGCAAGAGCCAAGUCAUGGUCAUAGUUGACCGCUUUAGCAAGUACGCAGUUUUUGUUCCUUUGCCUUCUGAGGCGCGUACUGAUUUAGUCAUAYAGAGAUGAACUGGGAUGAGAUGUUGCCUAAAGUAGUUAGUGCGUACAAUA